GUUGGGAAAGAAUUGAAGGAAGUCUAGUGGCCAUUUAGACAAACAACUCUGACAGUGCAAUCAGUGCUAGCUCAACGUGCAGCAGUACUCUGUAUGGCUGAGACAGACAGAGGGCUUUUGGAAUAAGAGAGGCCCUUCCGAAGAAAGAGAUAGAGAUAGUAGAGAGCUAUGCUGGGUUCACUAGCAGUCUGUUUGAUCCAGCUGGAUUUGGGUUUGGAUGUGAAUUUGGAGAGGCAAAAGGUGGAUCUCCACACAACUAUGCAUCCGGUCUGCUGGUAGAUCUUGGCUCUCUCCGAUGAGAAAAACCCUGAUUGGUCCAUAACAGUGAGCAGGAAGUGUUGACCCCAUCCUUCUUCCAGCUGGGCACUAUGGGAUCGUCCAAACUGGGGAAGGCAGCAUCUCUGGACACUCUCAUAAACGAAUGCAUUCAUAUAUUUGAUGACAGAGGGGAGCUGCAGGCCAACUUACUCCCUCGCAGCCUGCUGCUGAUGCAUCGCUGGUACAUCACAUCCUCAGAACUGGCGGGAAAACUACUGACGAUGUACCGGGACUGCACAGGUGACAGCUGCCAGAGAACCAGGUUGAAGAUUUGUUAUUUAAUGAGGUACUGGAUUGUGACAUUCCCUGCAGAGUUCAACCUGGACUUCGGUCUGAUCCGGAUAACAGAGGAGUUCAGAGGUGUGGCUGCUCAGCUCGGCUGUGACGAGCAUUUCAAGCUCCUUGACAUAUCCACCAUUCCAUCAUAUGACUGGAUGCGUAAGUUGACCCAGCGCAAGAAGCAGGCAAAAAAAGGCAAGGCAUCACUGCUCUUUGAUCACCUGGAGCCCAUGGAGCUGGCUGAGCAUCUCACCUUCCUGGAGUUCAAGUCUAUACGGAGGAUAUCGUUUACUGAUUACCAGAGCUACGUUAUCCACGGCUGCCUGGUGGACAACCCAACUCUGGAGCGCUCCAUCGCUCUGUUCAAUGGAGUGUCACAGUGGGUCCAGCUCAUGGUGCUAAGCAAGCUAACACCUCAGACCCGCGCAGAGGUUAUUACCAAGUACAUCUAUGUGUCUCAGAAACUUUUGCAGCUGCAUAACUUCAACACUCUGAUGGCAGUGGUUGGGGGCCUGAGCCACAGCUCCAUAUCUCGACUAAAGGAUACUCACACUUAUCUGGCUCCAGAAGUUGUGAAGACCUGGAGCGAGAUGACAGAGCUGGUCUCUUCCAACAACAAUUACUCCUGUUACCGAAAGGCCUUCAGUGAAGGCCAGGGCUUUAAAAUCCCCAUCCUGGGUGUGCACCUUAAGGACUUGAUCGCAGUGCAUGUGGUCUUUCCUGACUGGGUUUGUGACAGUAAGAAGAUGAACCUGGUGAAGAUGCAUCAGCUCUACAUCACCUUCAAUGAGUUGGUGUCACUGCAGAGUGCAGUGGCUCAGGUGGAGCCCAACAUGGACCUCAUCUACCUGUUAACGCUUUCUUUAGACCUUUACUACACCGAAGAUGAAAUUUAUGAACUGUCUUUGCUAAGGGAACCACGUAACUCCAAAUUAUUGCCCACUUCUCCAAUGACUCCCAACAAGCUCUUGGUCCCACUGGACUGGGCCUCCGGUGUCACCACCAAACCAGACCCUUGUGUGGUAAAUAAACACAUCAGGAAGGUGGUGGAUUCUGUGUUCAGGAAUUAUGACUAUGACCAUGAUGGCUAUAUUUCUCAUGAGGACUUUGAGAGCAUUGCUGCUAAUUUUCCCUUCCUGGACUCCUUCUGCGUUUUGGACAAAGAUCAGGAUGGAUUGAUCAGUAAGGAUGAGAUGAUAGCAUAUUUCCUCCGGGCCAACCCACUGCUGCAGUGUAAGAUGGGUCCAGGUUUCAUCCACUGCUUCCAGGAGAUGACAUACUUGAAGCCCACCUUCUGUGAACAUUGUGCCGGAUUUGUGUGUAUUUUAAGAGUGUCUUACUGCACUUUUUAUGUCUCCUUAAUUUUACUCAAAGCAAUCAAAAUUUAG